CUCUUUCACGCCAGCUGCGACGCUCUUCUUCACCGUACUGAUUUGCACCACCAUGGCUGCUGCACCGACUUGUCGACCUUUUUUAUUCUGCUUUUUCUACAUUUCGUUACUGUUUGCUGGUGUGUUUUGCGACGAUGAUGUAGAUGAAGAUGAGCAUGCCAAGCACACAUACACAGUAGAGAUGUUUAACGAGGCGGUGCCCACUGCACCCCACUUUGUCAUGUUUUACGCUCCGUGGUGCGGCCAUUGCCAGAGAUUGCAGCCUGCCUGGAAUGAACUGGCAGACAAAUAUAACGGCAUGGACGACCCGCCGGUAUACGUGGUAAAAGUAGACUGCGUCCAGGACACCAAGUUCUGCUCCAACGUGCACGGCGUUCGAGGCUACCCUACACUAAAGUUGUUUAAGCCAGAACAAGAGGCAAUUAAGUACCAGGGUCCCAGAGAUCUGCAGUCUCUGGAGACAUGGAUGCUGAAGACACUCCAGGAGGAGCCUGCGGAAUCAGAGAGCGAACUGGAGCCUCCUAAAGCCCCGGAGCCCAAACAGGGCAUGUAUGAGCUCACUGCCCAGAACUUUAAGGAGCACGUAUCCAAAGGUGCUCAUUUUAUUAAGUUCUUUGCGCCGUGGUGUGGUCACUGCAAAGCCAUGGCACCGACGUGGGAACAGCUCGCCACCACCUUCGAGCACGCUGACGACGUAAAGAUUGGAAAGGUGGACUGCACGCAGCACUACGAGGUCUGCUCUGAGAACGGCGUGAGGGGAUAUCCCACACUUGUCUUCUUCCAUAACGGACACAAGAAAGAGCAGUACAAAGGAAAGAGAGAUCUGGACUCCUUCAAGGAGUUUGUGGACAACCAGCUGAAGGUUGCGCUGACAGAGGAGCACGAGCACGAAGCAGCCGAAGAACAAAAAGCAAACGAGAUCCCGACGGAUGAGCCAGCCCAAGAGGAAGUAAAGUCCAGCGUGUUGGUCCUGACUGAGAGCAACUUUGACGAAACGGUCGCUAAAGGCUUCACCUUCAUCAAAUUCUACGCUCCGUGGUGCGGCCACUGCAAGAACCUGGCGCCGACCUGGGAGGACCUUUCCCAGAAGGACUUUCCUGGUCUCACCGAUGUGAAGAUCGCCAAAGUGGACUGCACGGUGGAGCGCACGCUCUGCAACAAGUACUCUGUGCGAGGUUACCCCACCCUGAUUAUUUUCCGGGCCGGAGAGCAGGGCGAGGAGCACCACGGCGGGCGGGACUUGGAGAGCCUGCACAGCUUCGUGAUGAGGCAGGCGAGAGACGAACUGUAGACACUCCUCACUUCACCUGCUCCUCCGAGCAGUCAAGUCUGUAUUUCUCUCUUCUGGAAGGAGUUCAAGCCAAUGACGGACCCAUGUGGUUUUUUCUGUAUUUUUGUAUUUUAAAGACGGAAUAAUUGUUUGGAAUGUAUCCCCCCCCACCCCAAACCUGAGGAUUGUAUGAUCAGUGGUUGGGUCCGACGACCACUGCAAGCACUGCUCAACCAGAAACUCAAAAGUGGCGCUCGAGUUUAUUUGUGUAAAACAUAAAAGCUCUGAUCCUGUAACUGACUCGGUGCUAAAUGUUUGGGUCUGUUGGGUUUCCAGCAGCUGCGCCACUCUGUGACCUUUGAUUUGGAGGUACUUCAUGCUCAUGCCGAUGAUGGCCUAUCUGACAGAACUCUCAGGGAACAUCCAGCCAGGUUCUAGGAAGUCCUGAUGGAGGGAUCGUGAUCGCCACAGGAGCCCGAUGACUCGUACACAGAUGGACCAGGUUCUGAUCAUCUGGGUCGUAUCUGGCUCGUGUGACGCUCACAUCCGUCGUCUUUUUCUACGCAACGUUUUCAGUUCCAAGUCUGAACCAAGCUGCCCCAGUUUGUCACUUCUUUCUUUUCAGACGAGUCGUUCAGAUUCAUUUCGCUCAUAAUGGUUCUAAAACUGGCUG